ACCCCAGACUCUAACAUGAGCCUGCGGCAGCUGCUCUUGCGCCUGUCCGGUGGCCAGCGGCGGUGCCCCAGGUCCCACGACACCAUCUCCUGGCGCGGUCGGUCCUCCAGGUCUCCAGCGCACUGGAACCAGGUGGUGUCAGAGGCGGAGAAGAUCGUGGGGUACCCCGCUUCCUUCAUGAGCCUCCGCUGCCUGCUGAGUGACGAGCUCAGCAACAUCGCCAUGCAGGUCCGGAAGCUGGUGGGGACCCAGCAUCCUCUGCUUUCCACUGCCAGGGGCCUUGUGCACGACAGCCGGCACAACCUCCAGCUGCGGGGCCUGGUGGUGCUGCUCAUUUCCAAAGCAGCCGGGCCCAGCGCCGGCAACUCUCCAAGUCAGAACUACGACAUGGUCAGUGGGAUAUACUCAUGUCAAAGAAGUUUGGCAGAGAUCACAGAACUUAUACACACUGCUCUCAUCGUGCAUCGUGGGAUAGUAAAUUUAAGUGAAUUAAAUUCAUCUGAUGGACCACUGAAAGACAUGCAGUUUGGAAACAAAAUAGCUAUCCUGAGUGGAGACUUUCUUCUAGCAAAUGCCUGCAAUGGACUAGCUCUUCUACAGAACACCAAGGUUUCGGAACUUUUAGCAAGUGCUCUUAUGGACUUGGUGCAAGGCGUAUACCAGGAAAACUCUGCGUCGUCAGCCAAGGAGCCUUCUACCACAGACGACAUUGGAAUUUCGACAUGGAAGGAGCAGACCUUUCUGUCCCAUUGUGCCUUGCUGGCAAAGAGCUGCCAGGCUGCAAUGGAGUUAGCACAGCACGAUGCAGCGGUCCAGGGCAUGGCAUUUCAGUAUGGGAAGCACAUGGCCAUGAGCCAUAAGAUACACUCUGACCUCCAGCCUUUUAUCAAAGACAAGACCAGUGACUCGAAGACUUUUAACCUCAACUCAGCACCUGUCGUCUUACAUCAGGAGUUUCUUGGAAGAGAUGUGUGGAUUAAGCAGAUUGGAGAGGCUCAAGAAAAAGGAAGAUUAGACUACACUAAGUUGCGAGAAACAAUCAAAGCUGGCAAAGGUGUGACUUCAGCUAUUGACCUGUGUCGUUACCAUGGAAACAAGGCACUGGAGGCCCUGGAGAGCUUCCCUCCCUCAGAGGCUAGAUCGGCUUUAGAAAACAUUGUGUUUGCUGUGACCAGAUUUUCAUGACACCAAAUUAAAAAGACGCUAUUGUUCUUAGCUGAAAAAUCCAGAGAUUGGGGUGGACAGGAGAGCUUUUAUGAUGAGGUAACUAACAAGUUAAUGAUUUUUAAAACAUAUUUUUUUUUCCCUGUUCUUUUAUCUCGUUGCUUAAUGACUCUAUCUUUUUUGGAACCACUACAAACAAAAUGAGAAGGAAAAAAAGGUCACACAGUUUUCACCUGUCACACCAGAGCACACUUGAGGCUGCAGCAACAGAAAUAAUUAAUGAGACUCACUCCCGUGACCUCAGCAAAUGCACAGGAAAUAAGUCCUUAUUGAUUGGACCAAGCCAGGGAUGGCGCCGGGGCGAUGGCUGUGGUUUUUCUUCUGAAGAGGACAGAGCAAGCUGGGAGCUGCAGGCGUCAAGAGAAACACUGGACUGCAGCCAGGGAGAGCACAUCAGAGCCUGGUGGCCCGUCCAUUGUAGUGUCGUUCUGAGUUAAGCAAAACUAGGGCUUGCUUGCUGUCUCAACAUCAUUUCUCUGUGGGUAUAAUGAGAGAAGCUUAUACAUCAAGGGUUUUUAUCAGAUUGGUGAGUGGUGGGAAAAAUGUCAGGUCGUUGCCAUACUUGGAAGUUAAAUAUUAAAGAGUUGUCAGGUAUUGAUUCAAUUGUA